AGGGCCACGAGGCACCGCUACCGUUCUUGUCGRCAAUUUCGUUUGGCUUUGUCCGCGCGGAACGAUCGAGUCUGCUUCUCCCCUACCACCAGCCAGCCAGGGGUGUUCACAAAAAGGCAUCCACAUCCGAACGUAUGGUUGCCGCAUGCCUGCUUUCUUUAGGAAAUACUGGCGCACCACACCGAGUCUUAUUGCUUGCUACUAUUUUGAUCGUGUCGUUCCCUGGCCGCUUCGUUGGAUUUGGUUCAUUUUGGGAACGCCUUCGCCAUCUUCGCGUCCACCACCGUGGCACUGACCACGUCGCCACCGCAUCGCUCCGCGCUGGUCCGGAGCACGUCCAUGAAGCGCUUGAUCACCGUCUUGUCGUUCCGGGUGUCAAAGGUCAUCUGGUAGRCCUGCUUACCAGUGGUUUUCUUCUUGAAGAGAACGGUCACAAAAUGAGUCCCCGGUUUGUUGGUCCCGGCCUGCGGGCUGAUGGAAUAGCUAAACUUGUCCGGUCGAUCCCGGUCCUCGAUCUCGGCCCGCAGGCUAGACAGCUCGAUGGCAUAGAGCGGCCGCGGUUCCGUUGCGUCCCCGUAGACAAACAAGCAGCUGCCCUCCUUCCCCAGAAAGACGUACCGGCGGACCUCGCCGUAACUCACAAAGUCCCGCUCGUCGAAGAAAAAGGGGAGGACUUUCUUCAGCAGGUCCUUUCGGACGCCGCCCUUGAUAACGGCGGCCUCGCUCUCGAACCCGGUGCCCUUCUUCCGAAGAUCKGCCAGGGAUAGGCCCGACGAAGAAGCCGCGGAAGACAAAGAUCGUGAUACCGCGCUGGACUCCACCGAUGGCGUGAGCGUUUUCUCUUUCUGUCCGGAGUCGCCCCGUGGUGCCUGUCGUUCGUGGUCCCUCGCAACGGCCCUCGAAACCUCCGGAGCGGCCUCGAUUCUUGGUUCCUCCACAAACUUGGCGGGUGCCACCCUCACCGCGGUGGAUUCGCAGGCGGGCUCGGCGUCUGCCGUUCCGACCGUCGGUGCCGGUUGUGCCAGGGCUUGGAACGACAUCUGUGCCGUAAUGUGUUGCGGUUUUGUGUAAAAAAAGGGUUCGGUGUGUGGUACCGUUUCGUCCGGUGCAAUCGAUGCGAUGAGACGUUGGAUCUGUACGACUAGUAUACUCCUGCUCUGUUGAUCAAUAUCAAAAGUGUAGCAACCCGUGGCUGUUCGUUCUUUGAAAAGUUAUGUCACACGC